CAAUAGAAUCUUUUUAUUUUUACAGAUAAGAAAAAUGAGACAAUGACAUUUGCCCAAAAUAGUGAGUAAUAAAGCCAGGAUUUGAAUCUAGUUGCUUCAAGUUGUAAACCAGCACUCUUCAGAUUAUGAUAUACUUCCUUUCUGGGAACGAUUGCAUAUAUCUGUGUGUGUGUGUAUGUAUGUGUUGUGUGCUCCUUAUGGCAGACACCCCAUUAUAUACACCCUUUACUGAACCCCAAGGCUGAUGGUGACAAUGCAUUGAGUAGCUAUAAGGGAUCCCAGAACUAGUCCCAGAUCAUGCCUCCUCCAGUCUCUCCAUAUACAGUGUGGACACUAGGGAUGGGGUGGGUGCAGAAUAUAGGUUUUUUUAGCAACAAAUACCCAAACAACUGCUUCAUCUUCUGGACUACACACCUGGAAUCGACCCUUCUUUCUCAUCCAGAUGUUGUUGGGGGACACCUGAGGAAAACAAUGCUCUGAUUGUCUUCUUCAUUAGAGGUGGCAAUCUAGGCACUUCCUCUUUCUGCAUACUGACACCCUCCCCCAUUUACUUCCUUAGUAGAAGAUAAACUUUUAUGUCUCUCCUCACACCCUUAUUCCUGCCGGCCCACUCACCUCUCUUUGAUUACCUGGAGAGGAGCUGCAGUCUAACAACUGGAUUUCCAAUCUAGGGGAAGUAGCCCAGGGAGAUUUCAGUAGAAUUCUCUUUUACUGAGUUUACUCUCCUUGAGGAAAGGAGCUAGGAUCAGUUUCAGUGCAUUUCUUCCCCUUCACUUCAAGACCCAUUUUUUAAGUUGGGGAGAGGAGAAAGCUUUUGCCAAAAUCUUCUCCUUUCCAUAGCGCUCAGGAAUGUAAGAAUACCGAAUUCCCAUCCCCCAUCCCUCAAGUCUGAAUAGAAAUGCCCAUCUCCAAAGACUCCCAGGAUGUUUCUGGAAAAGGAAAAAGGUGGGGGUGGGUAAAUGGACAGGCAAUGGGCUAAAGACUCCCCCUCUCCUUUCUAUAGAGACUCCACCCCUUAAGCCCCUGUAUAGGAAGGACCUUGAGGAUCAAUCCUACCAGAAAUCCUUCAACCCGAAGUGGUAUUUCAGGACCUUGGAAGGAGAAAACCUGGGAACCUUAAGAAGAGAAUUUCCUCUCCGAAUCUCAGUUUCCACUUUGUCUAAAGGAGCGGAUUAGAUUAUAGGACUUCUAUGGUCCCUUCUAACUGUAAGUGAUGGUGGAGGCGUGGCCAAAGGUUUGAAGUGGAAUCGUCAAGUUAUCGGAUUUUGUAUAUAAAAAGUGGAUAAGGCAAUAAAGGUUCCCCCCGCCCCCAAUAAAGCAGGAAGGAAAGGAAACAUUUUGUCAACCUAUCUAUCCAUGUAUACCCCCAAUCUGAUCCAUAUAGAUAAAAGUAAUUCGCUUCGGACACACACGUUCCUUACUUCAAGGGUUCACACACAAACUGGGCGCAUUCCCACACUUUCACACCCAGUUACUCUCAGGGACCCACAUUUACACGAAACACACACAGAGAUUCACAUUCACAGAUUCACUCCCCACCGCCUUGGGAGAUUUCCACGUGAGUGUAGAUCUAUCAGUGAAAUGGGGAAGGGGUGGGUAGCGAAAGAGGCGGGGGUAGAAUGGCUGAGUUGACGUCACGCCUUCAGACCACCCAAUCAGCUCCCGACUCGGAGCCCCAGCUCUGGUAUUGGGGGAGCCAGGGGGCAGUUCUCUAUAACGCGGUCCUCGGGAGCUAGCCAGGAAGAAAGGAGCUCAGCAGAAGGUGCCGCCACCGGGAGCCGAAGACUGGGGGUGUGGGGGAGCCUGGGAACUUCCCCGCCUUCCUCUCCAGCCGCUUUGUUUCCCCAACCUCCGCGCUCCUAUCUUCUCUAGGGGGGCUCCAGCCGGGGCUGGGGUGAAGGCAGCUAGAGGAAGGUUUCCUCCUUCCCCCUUCCGGGGCGUUGCAUCAUGCCUCGCUCCCCUGACCGGGUGGUUGUCUACGCCAAGACUUGCGGUGGACCCAGGAGUCCGGUGGCCAGGCUGAACGCGUGAGCAGACGAAAGAAAAGGCAAGAAGACGAGUCCGGAGGUUGCUGGGGAGCCGGCGGGGGACGCCACAGAGCAAAGACCUCCCGUCGAGGGGGUGGGCAAUGUUCUUUCCUGCGGGGCCUUUGGGAAGCGUGGGUACCAGACCACUGGGAAGAGGACCCUCUCUGUGGGUGAUCCUCCAGGCCUCCCCAUGGAGACCCUACUCCCUGUGUCCCGGCCAGCCGUCCAGGCCUCCCCCCGGGUAUCUCCUUGCUCCCCUACACCCCGGAAACCACGCCGGGGUACUCAAGAGUUCUCUCCUCUUUGCCUGCGCACCCUCGCGUUCUGCGCCCUCGCCAAGCUCCGGGCCCCCCAAUUGGGCCUCGUCCACGGGCUGGAGGGAGUGGCCGGGGACAGUUGUUUGGGGGAACUGGGGCCGCGGCCGUCAGUUCUCGUGGGCCCUUUUUGCGGGGGCAGCCGAGCCCGGAACAGCCUAAAGUGGCAACCGACUAAGCCCGGCACGUCAGCUGGCUAUUCUAGCGAUUCAGAUUCGACUAGAGCCGGAGACUUCUCAGACGGCGAGGACUUGAGCACCAGGGUGCCAAGCAGCAGCAGCGAGGAGGAGGAAGAUCGUGGACAGCAGAGUAUUUGCUUUCGCAGGGCCGCUCCAGUCCUCCCUCCAGCUCUUCCCCCACUUCGGGAUUCCCCAUCUUCUCCUGCCCAAUUCACCCCCCCUAGCUUGAUCCCGCAGCUCAAUACCUCGGCAGUUGCUAACGCCAUUCUGCCCCAGGCGUCCAGUCCUCAGUUGCUGCCUCCACCCCUUCUGCCUCCGGACCCCAAGACUGGCCAGCGGGAGCUGGGAUUCCUGAGAGUGGAGCCCCAGAAAUUGCCUCUUUCCCAGAAGUACGAGAUUAAAACUGCUGCUCCUGAAGACAUCUCCCCCUCUGCAUCCUCUGAAACCUCAACCGGUAGCCCCCAGACUGCUGAUGCCAGUGGAGCUACGGCCCCCUCGGGCGAUCCCCGGAGGGAACAUUUCGAUCGUUUGAUUCGCCAGUCGAAACUAUGGUGUUAUGCUAAAGGUUUCGUGCUGGACGGGCCGAGUUUACGGCGAGUGUCGGACCGUCCAGCCUCGUCCCCAACGAAAGCCCAGGCAGGGGGACCCGUAAAAAAACGCCGGCGGCCGGUAGCUUCCCCGCGCAAAGCCCAGGCUCGCCGCCCCCCGGCCUCACUCCCAACCAAAAACUCCUUCAGCCUCCUAGCCAGCUUCCCCUGUCCUCCAGCCUUGGUGGUGGGGGAAGACGGGGACCUGAGGCCCGCAUCCUCGCUAAGGCUUUGUGGUUCCUCCAGACCGCCCCCAGCCCACCCGCUGUGGAGAUGGCAGCUAGGAGGACCCGCCAUCCCUGAGCCUCCCAGCCUCAAAUUCUGGGGGCGUACACUGCAAAGGCUCUGAAUGGGGAGGGGGGUCCCUACAUCCUUUCCUUAAAGAGGGAAGUUGCAGGGAUCUGCCCUAUCGGAGAGCCCUAUGUAGUUUACUUCUCCAAACUCCUGCUCUUCGCUGGGGAUCUCCAAGUGUGUCAGGGAGCCUAAUGGAGUCAAGGUGAAGUACCCAGCUAUCUCCUACACCACCCCAGCGCCUCUUCAUCCUUGGGGGAGACGAAAAGAAGCCAGAACCGGCAUGGAUAGCGUGGCUUCUGCUCUGGGCUCUUUCUGGCUUGUAAGGGGGUGGGGGUGCGGGGGAUCGCCGCGGGAAACCAGCUCGGAGUUAUGUAAAGGAGAGGAAAGACCCAGGGGAUGAAGAAAACACUUCUGUUCCCUGGAGAGAACUGAAUAGGGAGGAGGGGGUGGGGUGUGUGGGGAUGGGGGUGGAGAGGCAAUCUGUAGCUAGAGGUGAAGGGAGGAGAAUCGAUCUCCUCAGUACCCACCUCCAGUUCGGGGACUCCUAGCACUUUAACUCCCCGAGUCCUUUCCCCUUUCUCUCCUUCCCAAGUUUUUUUUUUCCCUCUUCCCCCAACCCACACUGUACAAAAGUAACAAAACUCUGCAACAGCUGGUUUGGAGAAUGGGAGGCCUGGACCUCUUCGUCUUCCCUAACCCUCAGCUCAGCAAUACUAGUGACCCCAACCCGAGACUCAUUUUCUUUCCAGCAACCACUCCCUACCCCCUCCUACAUCUGUUUUUUGUUUUUCCCUAUCAUCACCGUUUUCUUCUUCCUUUGGGGGAUUUCUAAAAGUGGGGGGUAGGUUGCUUGGGAAACUAGGUCUCCCUCUCCCCACACACCCUCCAGUCCUGGAGUGUUGGGGGGGAUGGCAAAGGGAAUUGGAAGGGAUUGGAAAAACAAAGUGGGCGGGGCUAGGCUCUGAGUUUGAGGGGGAGGGGGCAAGCCCCUUUACUUCCCAAUCUGCAGACUUUGAGGAGGGGGUGAGAGGCUGUCUCAGGGAAAGCAAUGGAUGGAUGAAGAAAUCAAUAAAAUCUAGACCAAA